AUGCUCCGAGUGACGCUCUUCCGUCUCCCGCCAAUCUCCCGCCAUCUCGGCUUUUCAAAGCCACGCCAUUUCUGCUUCCAUGCCCAUGAUUAUCAAUCCCUUUCUCGGGAGCUCUUUUCCCUCUUGAACAACUGUGCGUCAUUGAAGCCACUCCAACAGAUCCACGCUCAAAUGCUUCUAAACUCUGUUCAUCACCCCAAUUUCUUCCUCCCGAAAAUCAUUCUCCUCAAGGACUUCCACUAUGCUCUCCUCUUCUUCACCCAUCUUCCAAAACCCAACGACUACGCCUUCAACGUUAUGAUCCGCGGCCUUACCACUACCUGGCACAACUACUCUUUGGCACUGCAUUUCUAUUACCAGAUGAAGAUUUCCGGCCUUCUCCCCGAUAAUUUCACCUACCCGUUCUUCUUCAUCGCCUGUGCCAAUCUUCUAGCUCUGGAUUGUGGGCGAUCCGCCCACUCUAUGGUUUUCAAGACUGGUCUGGACGGGGAUGACCAUGUCGCUCACUCUUUGGUUACUAUGUAUGCAAAGUGUGGUCAAUUGGGUUGGUCCCGGAAAGUGUUCGACGAAAUUCCUGUGAGAGAUUUAGUGUCGUGGAAUUCCAUGAUCUCUGGGUAUUCGCAGAUGGGCUUUAGCAGGCAGGCGGUGAGGUUGUUUAUGGAUAUGCAAGAUCAGGGGAUUGACCCAAAUGAGAUGACGUUGGUUAGCGUUCUUGGGGCUUGUGGGGACUCUGGGAAUCUGGAUUUGGGGAGGUCGGUGGAGGUUUUUGUUCGUGAUAGGAAGAUGAAGUUUAACUCCUAUAUUGGCUCUGCUUUAAUUAGCAUGUAUGGAAAAUGUGGGGAUUUGAUAGCUGCUCGGAGGGUCUUUGAUGCAAUGACGAAGAAAGAUGUUGUUGCUUGGAAUGCUAUGAUCACUUGCUAUGCACAGAAUGGAGAAUCGGAUGAGACGAUCAUACUGUUUGAUGCAAUGAGAGAUGCAGGUAUCAGUCCAAACAAAAUCACAAUGGUUGGGGUUCUUUCCGCAUGUGCUUCUAUAGGAGCACUUGACUUAGGAAAAUGGAUUGAGACUUACGCCUCAGAAAGAAACUUGCAUCAUGAUAUCUAUGUUGCAAGUGCACUGAUUGAUAUGUAUGCAAAGUGUGGUAACUUGGACGAUUCAAUAAGGGUCUUUGAAAGCAUGCCUUACAGAAAUGAGGUGUCCUGGAAUUCCAUGAUUUCUGCCCUUGCUUUCCAUGGCCGGCCCCAAGAGGCCUUGUCUUUGUUUUGGCGCAUGACAAGGGAUAAUGGUGCUCCCCGACCGGAUGAGAUCACAUUUGUGGCAGUACUUUCUGCUUGUGUGCACGGUGGAUUGGUCAACGAGGGGCAUCAGUUUUUUGAGGUGAUGAAUCCAUCGUUUGGGGUUGUCCCAACAAUUGAGCACUUUUCUUGUAUGGUUGAUCUUUUGGCUCGUGCUGGUCAUCUGCAUGAAGCUUGGGAAAUUAUAGAGAAGAUGCCUGGAAAGCCCGAUGAAAUUGUGCUUGGAGCAUUGCUUGCUGCUUGUCAGAAGAAGAAAAACAUAGAUAUCAGCGACCGGGUGAUUAAACUUCUUCUAGAGGUGGAGCCAUCAAAUUCAGGAAACUAUGUCAUAUCAUCUAAGAUAUAUGCCAAUAUGAGAAAGUGGGAUGAGUCAGCAAAGGUGAGAGUCUUGAUGAGAGAAAGGGGUGUUAGUAAGACUCCAGGUUGCAGCUGGAUCGAGAUCGAAUCUAGCGUCCAUGAAUUUCAUGCUGGUGAUGGUUUACCUGCUCAAUCAAUAUAUAUGUACCAACUGCUCAAUGAGCAGAUGAGGAAGGAAGGUUACAUUCCAAAGCUUGAUUCUUUUUAG